AUGAGGCAACAAGGGAUUGGUGGCCCCCCUCCGAAAUUCCUGGUCGGCAACAUAAUCGAGAUCAAGAGAUCUCGACAAGAUGCCGAACGGGCCGCCGUUGCUCACCCUCACCCGCCGGUCUUCCAUAACACGCCCGCGGUUUUCCCCUUUCUCGAGCAAUGGAGAGAACAAUACGGCCCAUUGUACAUGUUUAGUCUUGGAAAAAUGCAAGUAUUGUGCGUGAAUACUCCUGAUUUGGUGAAGGAGAUAACAACGUGCACGUCACUUGAUUUUGGGCGGCCUUCGUAUCAGCAGAAGGAUCUUGGGCCUUUGCUGGGACAGGGAAUUUUGACUUCUAAUGGACACUUUUGGGCACGCCAGAGGAAAAUUAUGGCACCCGAGUUGUUCAUGGACAAAGUCAAGGGAAUGGCGAGCAUGAUUAGGGAUUCCGCCAUGUCGCUGGUAGAUUCAUGGAAGCAUGAAACUGAGGCUUGUGAAGGUGGAAUUCUCGAUAUCGCCAUAGACGAUCACAUGAAGAAAUUUUCAGGGGAGGUAAUAUCUAGAGCUUGUUUCGGCAGCAGUUAUUCCAAAGGCCAACAAAUUUUCUUGAAGUUCGAUUCACUGCAAAAGUUGAUGUCCAACAAAACGCUGUCCACUGCUGGAAUUCCAGGCCUCAGAUACCUUCCCACAAAGACCAACAAACAAAUGUGGGCACUAGAGCGCGAAAUCGGGGCAUUAAUCUUGAAAGUAGUGAAACAAAAGCAAGAAGCAGGAACAUACGAGAAAGAUCUGCUGCAGAGUCUUCUAGAAGGUGCUAGAAGCAGUUACACCACCUCGGCCGCCAUCGACCGGUUCAUUGUUGACAAUUGCCGAAACAUUUACUUGGCUGGUUUUGAAACAUCAGCCGUGUCAGCCUCUUGGUGUCUCAUGCUGUUGGCCUCGAACCCUGAAUGGCAGACACGGGUCAGACUCGAGGUCCACCAAGUCUCUCAGGGUCGGGUCCCGGACCUGGACAUGCUCCGAAAGAUGAAACAGUUGCACAUGGUAAUUCAAGAAACAAUGAGACUUUACCCGCCGACCCCAACUCUGUCCCGGGAAACAUUCAAAGACAUGAAAAUAGGUCAUUUAACGGUCCCAAAGGGAGUCAACGUUUGGACAAUGGUGGCGACCCUGCACACGGACACAACCAUCUGGGGCCCGGACGCCCUGGAGUUCAAGCCCCAGAGAUUCGAAAACGGGAUUGCGGGGGCGUGUGCGAGCCCAAGCUCGUACAUGCCGUUCGGGUUCGGGCAGCGGGUCUGUCUCGGGCAGCACCUGGCCAUGGUCGAGCUCAAGCUGCUAAUAUCGCUUCUACUGUCCAACUUCUCGUUCGAGUUGUCACCUGAUUAUGUCCACUCGCCUGUUAUGAGGAUGAUGAUUGAACCUAAGCAUGGUGUUCGACUUCUGGUUAGAAAGGUGUGA